AUGAAUACAAAAAAGGAAUUUAAUUGUUUAUUUUGCAAAGAUACUUUCGACAAUAAGGAAGAUUUGCAAGAACAUUUCAGGAAACACGGUGACCCACAGUAUAAAAAGCGUUUUGAAAUACCUGUACAAGGGGCUGACCAGAAAUCUAAAGACAAGACAGAGUUGGUUACCUGUGACGUGUGUUCCCAAGUGUUUCCGACAAUAUCCAAGGCUAUAACUCACAAGCACAAGGUGCACCCAGAUCACGAUGCGAAGUACUUCUGCCCUUGGUGCGGUAAACUAUUUACAUUGAAGCAUUUAUAUAAUGUCCAUGUACGGACAACUCACGGAGGUGAGGAGGAGAGCACAGAUGAAAAACGCUUUCAUUGUGACUGCUGUAAUGUAGAUUUCUUCAUUGCCUCUGCAAUGUUAAACCACAACAAAUUCUUUCAUCGGUCAGAUACUGACAUGCCAGACAUUGGACAGUCUAAGAAAAUCAAAACCUAUUCUCAGGUCAUCAUUCCACUAUAUUACUGUCCUUUCUGUGGUGAAGAGUAUGAAAAUAAAGUCAAUCUGUUUAAACACAUGACAGAUGAGCAUGGAGAUGAGAACCAGAGUCCAGAUGAAGUAUUAAAAUGUCCAGCAUGUGAUGCAGUAUUCUACCAUCUGGAUGCAUAUGAAAUACACCUCACUUUCCAUACCACUGAUGAUAUGUAUAGCAUUUAUAAUCCUGCGUUCAUGGAAUUACUGGAUUUCUCCCUGGAAACAGUCCCACCUAUAAUAGAAAAGGUAGAAAACUUAAAUGAUAACCCAGAUACAGAUGAUCCUGAAUCAACUAUGAAUGCUGUGGGCAUUGAAAAGUUCUUAGAAUUAGCGAUGGACCAUGCCGAUGAAGAAGAAAGUAGUCCUGUGAAACCAAAGAAACAUAAAAAACAUAAAAAGUCAAAGAAAUCAGCGAUUACCCUCGAUGAGUUUCUUAGUAUGAACCAGGACGUAUUCGGUGAGGGUCUAGACUUCCAGGGCAUAGAAGAAGUACCUACACGCGUCGUUAAAAAGCAACUCAAAAAUAAUAUGAAGAUGACGAACAAUGCUACCACCUCUGCUGAACUGGACAAGUUAAAAAAGGCAGGCAUUGUCGUCAAAAGAAAGAUAGCUCAUAGGCCAAUAGUUAAAAAUUUUAAAGUCGCCACUUCAACACCCAUUAACACUGCAAAUAAACCUGUUCCUAAGUUAAAUCAAAUAAGAGAAAUAGAAACUUCGAGUGAAGUUUUAAAUAAAUUAAUAAAUCAAAGUAACAAUCAGAUAAAAAUAGUAAAGAAAAUAAAUCCGGCAGCGACUAUGGAACCUGAGGAAACAAUCCAAAAUGCAGUUGAGGAGCCAGAGACACCUGAAGAUAUUAACAAAAUCAGCUCGAAUGACAUUGAAAUGGACUCUACUAAAACUGAUACAGAUAGCACUAAAGAGACUAGAAAUACAGAAGAAACACCAGUUACUGUACCAGAUACACAAUCCGAAGCAAAUAAAGUCAGCGACAGUGUUUCGGAUACUGAUUUAGACAAAGAGACUGAUAACAGAGUUGUGCCAGAUAGUAAAGAAACUCCACAGCAAAUAAUAUCUAAAGUUACAAAGUUGGAUUAUUCCCAAAAAACAACUAACAAUGUAACUAAAGAAACUGAAAAUACACAUGAACCGGAUCAUGAAGAAAUUGAGAAAUAUCAUUCUGACCAUUCUGAUGCGGAAUUUGAUGAUGCAGAACAUGCAUCGGAUCUUGACAAUCACAUGGAGGAUGAUAAAGCCAUAGAUGAUUGCCAAACAAACAUAGAUAAUGAUACCACAUUGAGUGCAUCAUCUAGUUCCUUAUCAACGUUAAAACGUUUGAGUCAUCUAAUAACUGUAAAACCUAUCAGUCAAAACAAAAACAGCACACUAACAGAACCUAAGGCUGAGAUAAUUACUGAAACAAAUAUUACUAAAGCUACCGAAAAUAUUAAUAAAAAGGAAGCUUCUGAUUCGCCUGUUGAUACAGUACACGUUAAUAAACCAAAAACUGUGGAAAAGGAUCCUACUUUAGACGCUUUAAAAACCCUAAGCAAAAAUAUAACUGUCAAGUCAGUGGCAACAAAGAGGAAUAUUGACGCAUAUGAAUCUGAAAAUGACGAAAUUGUCCAAGAUGAUAAAAAUACAAGUGGAUUACAAUCAAAAGAUGUAAGUUCCAAUAAAAACAUAACUAUUAAGAAAAGUAAAUUGGAAACGAAUGAACCUAAACCUGGUAAGAUAGUGAAUCAUCAAGAAAGAAGAUAUGUACUAGGACAACAUAUGGCUAAAUCUCCUGCAGGACAGAUCCCUAAAAUGAAAGUUGAAAAGGAUAAUGCACAGCCUAACUCGAAUGCUCAAAUUUUAAAAAGACUUACAAACAUAACAACGAAGCCUGUAAUAAAUAAAAAUAAAAGUUUGUCUGCUAAUAUGAAACAAACUAAUGUUCCUAAAAAGGUUGUAGUACCUCAAAAACCUGAAGAAAUUAUAGAAAUUUUUGAUGUAGACGACUCCGAAGAUGAGGAAGAAAACAGUAGAAAUCAGCCACAACCUACUCAAAGUAGCCCAGGAUCAACUAAGUCCAUGGACGCACUAAAGAAUUUAAGUAAAAAUAUAACAGUCAAGCCUUUGAAUCAAGCACCAACAAGUAGAAAUAUUAAAGUAGAAAAUAAUAUAAAGAUUGAGAAAGAAGACAAUAGUAGUCAACAUAAAUUCAAAGACGAAUCAAACAAUGAUAGCAAUAUGAGUAUGAAAAAUAAAAAUAUGGCAGUCAAAAACAUAUUGCAGGGUAUUAGUAAGAACAUUACAAUAAAAUCUCGAAACACUUCACCAAGCCAGUUUGCGAAAUCUCAAGAAAAUUCACAAGAUUCUAAAGUCACCGAAGACGAUUAUGCUUCUGACUCUGAUUCUAAUCCAGGCACAGUACAAAUCACAGAACUUGAUGAGGACAUGGAACUUGAUGAUUGUGAUGAAAACCAUCAUGAAAAGAUCGAAGAAAUGAAUGAGACAGUUAACAACCCGAUUAUUGAAUCACCGAAAGAAUCGUGCAGCGAAAAUGAAGAUGACGACAUACAUGACUUUGAACAAGACAUUAGAGUCAACACAAUGCAAAAAUCUCAACAAACUAUAAAUUCCACAGUCAAUUCUGUUUGCUUAAAUAAUUUGAAGAGUAUAAAUAAAAAUCUAACAAUAAAAUCUUUAAGUAAAACGUCAAUGGAUAACGACGAAGACAGCAAAACACACAUUCAUUCACAGGAUAGUCAAGAAACAACACAAGCACAGAAAAAACAACAGCCAACUAAAUCUAAUCAAAUUAUAAAAAAAGAAUUUCAAAAUGAUAAUGUUGCUAUUAAUAGGGUUUCUAAGAAUGACCAUAGUUCAGCUUUUUUGAAGAAGGUAUCUUCAAUGAACACUGUCAACAAGGAAGUAACUGUUAAAACAAUUCAAACGAAAACCAUGAUACAAGAAAUAACUACGACCGUCACUAAAACUAUAAAGACAGUGAACCAAACAAUGAAACAAGAAGUUCGGAACUCUGUUCAAACAAAUUCUCCGAUGCAGCGGAUACAAGGAAUGAGGCCGGCAGGCCCGAAAAACCUUCAAGGUGUUGUUAUAAGACACGCUACUCCAAUUACUAAAACUAGCAAUACCGUAUCGCAAAUUAGACCAAAUAAUGCCACUAGGAACUUUAAUCAAAAUGUUGCAAUAAGGAGCCCUACUCCUAUAAAUAUAGCAAGACCUAUUAAUCCAAGAAUGAUGAUUGGCAAAAAAGUGACGUCCUCUCCUAGUCCACACAAACCGAUUAUUGCCAGACCAUCCUCUCCUAGUACAAACAAACCAAUUAUUGGAAAACCAUUAAAGAUUUCACCAUCGGCUGUUAUAAAGCGACCAGUUACUGAAGAAGUGAGUGGGCCUUUUAGUUGUUUUAAAAAGCCAAAAGAGUCAUUAAUACCUGUGUCCGAUAUACCUGCAUUUAACAACAGUAGUGAGGGCACCGUCCAGUAUACUUCAGCUUCGCAAUCCAGUAGUUCUAAUUUUACAAGUUCUACAAAGUUAGUUAAGGGUAAUUCUAUAGUGACCGCGAAACAAAUGAAAUCGGAAGUAAACUCGAGUUCCCAGCAGAUAAGUAGGCUUAGUAAUGUGAGUGGAUUAAAAAUUACGGCUAGUCAGCAGAGACAAUCACAAGUGCCAGAAAAUAGUGAAUCGAGUGGUAUGAAACGGACUACUUUAGAAGCAAUACAGAGGUUACAGAAACAAGGCCUCUUGGUAAAGAAACCUCGCGUAGACGUACACGAGGGGCCUGAAGAUUCCGAUCACGACAGUGAUCACAAUGUAGGGCACAGUUCAGCAGAUGAACAUGAUGAAUGA